AUGGGUUCUAAGAUGAGUGGGCAAAGCAUUUUGGUGGGAAUACUGUGCAUUGCUUUGGUGUUGGUUUCAGGAGAAGCAUCGAUAAGAAGGGAUGAAAUUAAUUUGGUUUACUGCGCACAGCCAGGUGAAGGGCAGUGUAAAGAUAUCACUCUCUGCACCCAAUUUUGCCUCAGUCGCAACCUACACGGCGGUGGAGAAGUACUCGAAGGAGAAAAGGAGGUGGAGAAAGGAGGUGGAGCGAUAGGAGAAGCUUUGCAACUUCAACAUCGAGCGAGAGAAAAUAGGGAUUUCUCCCAACACUCGAAGACUGAAAGUCAUGCUUUUGAUAGUAAGGAGCAAGAGGACCCACAGUAUAAGAAGAAGCCACCGUCGCCAUUGCAGAAAGUUAAAUUCCCUUCGCUCUCUUGUUUCUUUGGAAAAAGAAUAAGAAUGUUAAGAGAAAAGAAUGUGAAUCGGCUUAGCGUCGUCAUUGCAUUUUCACGUCCCACCUGA